CAGGCGCAGUGGCGAGGGUGCUUGACCCUCCCAGGCAGUCCCGCCUGUCAGUCCGUCGGUCGGUCAGUCAGGCAGAGCGCGUGUCCCGUACGGGCCGAGAGUGGAGCCGAGGGUGGAGAGAGCGCGGCUGCCGCCAUGAAGAAGAGCGUGCCGGGCGGCCUGACCCGCCUGACUGCAGGCUGUUUGCCCGUCCCUCUGUUCAAUCAGAAAAAAAGGGUCCGGCAGCCCUUCACAUCGAGCCCAGGCGCCUCAGCUGAGACCCAGGAUUUUCCUCCUCUGCCAACAGAUUUCAGCUGGGAAGUGAUGAAGCCUGAGGUGCCGCCCUUAAAGAAAAUGACGAAUUCUGGGCAACAGUCACCUACAGUCCCUCAUCUAAAGCAAGAGAGUGGGUUUAACCGAGAUCAACUUGGUGUGGCAGGAAGUCAUAACUGGAGUAGCUGGAGCCAUAGAAAAGAGAACACAAAGACUUGGGACAGAAAUGAGUUUACACCUCAGAGGAAAAGCUCGUGUUCGGUGGCCAACAGUGGGCCCAGUGCUGGUCUGGUGACUUUGGAAACGAAUCAGAAAUGGAGACAGUCGGACUGUGCUCAGGUGGCAGGUUCCCAAGGGCUGGGGAAUAGCAGCAGCUCAUUGCACAUGGCGAAAUGCAGUUCUCAACCAAGUCAACUUAAGAGAAGAACCUUUGGUAACGGUCCAGAGGAAAAAGUCAUAAAGGAAGUGUCAGGGUGCCAACUUAUGCUGAAGGAAGACGACGCUUCUCUUAGAAUUCUCCCUGCAGUCAUCGAAAGUAUGAAGCACUGGAGGGAGUGCCUACCACACUGCCCGCUGCUCUUUGAAGUGUUAGCUGUUCUCGACUCAGCUGUUACAUCAGGUGCAUAUGGGGCCAAGACCUUUCUUCUGAGAGAUGGAAAGAAUACCGUGCCUUGUGUGUUUUAUGAAAUUGACCGCGAGCUUCCGAGGCUGAUAAGAGGCCGAGUGCAUCGGUGUGUGGGCAGGUAUGACCCAAAGAGGGGCCUCCUCUGGUGUGUGUCUGUCAGGCCUGCAUCCGAUUCUGAGCAAAGAACAUUCCGGGAGUUUGUCAGGAGCGCAGAUGCCAGGAUGGCCUAUUACACCAACACCGUGAAUGAGAUGUGAGCAAGCAGGCCUUUAGAUUCCUGAAUACCUUUAUUAAGCACUUCAAAGUUGUUUGGAGGUUGGAGUUUUGAGUUUUUCUGUUAUUUAUUACGUAGGGAGGUUUGGACCAGAUUGGCCUGUUUCCAGUUGUGUCUUUUGUAAAUAAAGUGAGUUUAGCUUCAGCA